GAGCUUCUUCAAGCUUCUGAUGAUGAUCAGGCUUCUAUCUAUAAGAAAGCUGUUAAUGCAAUUUAUAUUGCGUCCGUGUUUUUUAAGCAUUUGAUUGAGAAUGGAAAAAGUGACAGCCUUGAGGAGUUGCAUCUAUCUCUAUACGAGAGUAUGCCAGUUCCUCAUGGCUUUGUAAUGGGUAUUGAUUCUCUCAAAUAGCUCUUGGUAACUUUAGCCUAGCUUGAGUUGACUUAUUGAGAGUGUAUUAUUGGCAGACCAAAUGAGUAAGCCAGUUCCUCAUGGCUAUGUGUUGUAUGUAUUUGGCAUUUAACUUACUGCUGUUUUGACACUUUUCUUAUGAUGAUAUGUUCUGUUUCUUCGGUUCUUCUUAUAGGUUAUACCAUUUGACAAUAAGGGACAGCUCAAGGAAGCUUUUAAUAUCAGGUACUGUUUUAUUAAGUUAGCAUAUUGCAUUCUAUCGUCACUUUGUGUAUCUGCUAGUGAUCAUUUGUUUCCAACCGUCAGAUUAUUUCGCAAAUCAUUAUCAAGUUGUCUUGUGCUGCUGCCCAAGGUGAGAACACGAUUGUGUAAUGUCUUGUAGGUUACUGUGUCACGGACGGAUAAUCACGCUUGUGUAAUGUCUUGUAGGUUGCUGUGUCACGGACUGAUAAUCAUGCUUAUGUCACAGACAAGAAUACUUUGUACUAGUGUCUUCUCACGGGCCACUCUCAGUCACGAGCAUUGAGAGCUUUUUAUCUCACUUUGUACUUCUUAUUUCUUGUACUCUUGUGUAUUAUGUGAAUUGUAUUCUCGUAUGUUAUGAAUCACAGACUUGUAAAGAAUCUUUAGUACUCAACUUGUAAAGAAUCAAACAUGCUUGUGUGUAUAUAAUCACAACACUCUUGCGAUCUCUAUUUAUUCACAACAACAAAGUCAUAUUCUCUCUUUAAUCACAAAACUCUUGCUUUCUCUAUUUAUUGACAACAACAAAGUCAUCUUCUCUCCUUAAUCACAACACUCUUGGUUCUAGAAUUUUUUUUCACAACAACAAAGUCAUCUUCUCUCUUUAAUCACAACACUCUUGGUUCUAUAUAUAUGCCGUAAAUUUGGACAUGAUGAAGACAACAACUAAGCUCGGAUGCAUCAACAACUGAAAAAUAAUUUGGUUGAACAUAUAUGGCGUAAAUUUGGACGUGAUAAAAUCAACUACCGAGCUCAGAUGUUUUUCCAAAUUAUUCUCGAUUAUUGUACUAGUCUUUAUUUUUAUGUUUUUUUAAAAAAAUCUAUUUAAGAUUUUAAAUGUUAUCUUUUAAUAUGUUUUAUUUAAUAAAUAAAUUUUAUAUUAAAAAAAAAAAAAUAUUUUUUAAGAACCCCUAAUUAAGAAACUCCCAUUGGACCGCUCAAAAUGGGAGUUUCUUAACUCCACUUAAGUACAUUUAAAGUAUUAAAUAAUCAUUAAGAAACCCACUUAAGAAUCAUGGGAUAAUCAUGCUCUUAGCUUGUAGGUUUGCGCUUUAGAUCGAAUAGUACUCUGAUGGCCGAGCUAAAAUGAUGAUCUCUUUUCGUACGAGUUUAUGCAUUAUAUAUAUGAUAUAUAUAACUAGUUUCCUUCAGGACUAUCAUAUAGUAUGCCAUUAUAAAAUUUUAAUUUAGACAACUUUAUUCUGAUCCAUCUUUAUAUAGCUGUACAAUAAUGUUUGAAUUGUUUUAUGUAUAAAUUGUUAUUGUUUUCUUGUUGCAUGAAUUAAUUAGUUUGAGGGCAUGGACUCAAUCGGUUUUCUUAACGUUUUAAAAUAGUAACUUGUUUUCUAAACGAGUUCAUUCGAACCUGAAAAAAACAAGGGUGCAACCGUGCAAGUGGUGAUGAGGACUGGUGGCGAUUACACAUUAAACAAGAGGAAAAUAUAGCAUGAUUAUGCAUUUCUUCAGCUAGCAAUCAACCAAAACAACCAAGAUCAAAGGUUCAUCCGUCAACACAAAUAUUGAUACUAUUUAAGAUAUCUCUAUAUAUAUAAUAUAUGAAUAUCUGAAGAUUUUAAGAUAAAAACUAGAAAACUAUUGAUACUAUUUAAGAUAUAGAAUAUAUGAAUACAGUGAUGGGCGAUAUAUCCUCCACCUAGUAUUGUUGCAUGCGUAGGACAUGCACAAUCGUAAGUAGAAAAAGAGAGCCAUGCAAUACUCUAAAUAGUUUCUAAAAACAACAUCACAGAUCUUAUAUUAUUCAUUUUUGAGGUCCAAGUUAACUCAACCAUUUGUUGUUAUAUGUUGCUUAUAUUGUUUUAUAUUAUGAGGGCCAGCGAACCCGAUGAGGAAUAAGUAUUUGGCUGUGCGCAUCUUUCUUGAAAACAAAGCAUCUUCCUUCUCGAUUCUCAGCAUCUACGAAAUAUUCAUACUUCCACUUGACAAGAUCCAACGGCUUAGCGUUCCUCUCUCUUCAUCCGACGGUCCAGGCAAAAAAAAAAAUGGCCACUUUGGUUUCUCCAUUAGAAGCGUUGGCUUUCGAAUACGUUAGCUUCGGUGUUCUCGCCGUCAUCAACAAUGUGUGGACAUGGAUCGCUGUCGUGACGGCAGCUGUCAGUUUCUGGAGGAUAAGAGUCACCACCAUUGGAGACGACGGCCGUCGUCAUGGAUGUGGAUUGUUAGAGGAACAAACCGCCUCGAAAACUGAACAAGAACGACAAGGAGUAGCUGGUCCGGUUAAAGAAACGGCGGAGGCUCGAGUGGAGGAAGCGUUAGUUAUGAAAACGGAGGUUUGGGAGACGUUAAUGUGCGAUGACGGAGUGACAAAAGGGAAGAUGACUAUGUACUACGAGGUAAACGUUGACGGAGGGAGGGAUGUUGACGAAGACGGAGAGUUAACGUCCGCUGUUAACUAUGGAGGUGGUUCAGGUGAUUGUGGAGAGUGGUGGGAGAGAUGGGAAGGAGUGGUGAAGAUGAGAAAUGGUGAUGAAAAUUGGUACCGUUACGUGGACUUGAUGGUGAUAAACGGAAGUGUCGUAAGAUUAUGGGAUGACAAAAGGAGCCUGUAACGGCGGAAGGUGUUUACUGCAUGAUUAGAUACUUCAAACCUUGUUGGUUUAAAGUAUAUUAUUUUUGGUCGAUUAUUUUUGCAAUUUGUAGAUAAUUUCUCCUGAACAAGACCAGGAGCUUUUGAAUUAGAAUAAAUCAGUAUCAACUGUUUGUUGCUUCCGAAACGUUGUUCAUGGAACUUUGGGACACAAGUAUGGUUAAUUACGCUUGUUAAGCCCACCUAAACUUGAC